GGGGCGUGCCAGUCCUACUUAGUGCCACUCCGGUCAUCAGUGCCAACACCACCAUCACCGCCACUGCCACUGUACGCCUGGCUCUCUCGCCUCUUAAAAUUACACACAGUCACCUGAGCAUUCAAACAGAUAAUCAUGGGCCUCCACACCCCGCCCACGCCGCCCAUGGUACUGCUGAUCCUCCUCGUGGGCGUCCUACUCCCGCCCCUCAUGAGCGUGGUGGGAGCGUGUGAGCCGGAGCAGCUGGUCCAAGGGUGUCGCCUGGAGGAGGGCGCCUGUGUGUGUGGCUUGGGCUGUGACACCGUGUUCCGCUUCGCCACGAGAGAGCAGUGUCAGGCAGCGCUCAAGGAGAAGGAGAAGGAUCCGUGCGAGGACAACCCCUGCAGGAACGGCGGCGUGUGCUCACAGAUCCUGAGAGAGCCGGGCUACCAGUGCUUGUGUGUCAAUACAGGAUACUACGGGCGCGCCUGCCAUAAGAAAUGCCCCUCGCCCAAGCAGUUCACCUCAGGGCUCGAUGCAAGGUUUCCUGUUGACUGCAUGGUCAUCUAGCCACCUCGACCACCACUACCAUCACCACUACGACCACCACCACCACCACUUCCGCCGCUACUGCCAUCACGCCACCACCGACUGAGACAACUACCAGAACGACAACACCACUGCCGCGUUCAGCCACUGCGGAGUAACAGCUGCUGGAACAAGGAUUUCUACACCACUGCUGCUAUUGUGUCCUUCAGUCCCACCACCACCGCCACCACCACCGCCACCACCAUCGCCAGCAGUGGACAUUGUGCGCCAGACCAAGACAAACACGAAUAAGACGAGGAAAAUGUUUAAGCAGAGGAAAGUUAAAGAAUUAGAGUGACAUUAUUUAUGGAAAGGAAAGCCCAUGUUCUCUUUAUGAAAGGAAUACUUAAUUUUUUAAAAAGCAAAUUUCAGUCUGACGUCUUUUUAAACUUGUAAAUCUCCUUAGACAAAGACAAAUUUCAGUGUAAAGUCUUCUGGAAACUGUUUUUCUAUAGACAAUUUUCAUUUAAACAAAACAAUAAUGUAUCUCAAAACAUAGCUAAGUGUAACAUCUCAAAACAUCAAUCUUUACUUCGCAGGAAUCCAAACACUUAAAACAACACACUAGUAAUCUGAAGGCAAAAACCCAAAUAAAACACUAGAAAUCUCAAGGCAAAAACCCAAAUAAAACACUAGAAAUCUCAAGGCAAAAACCCAAAUAAAACACUAGAAAUCUCAAGGCAAAAACCCAAAAGUCCAAAGCGUUCUGAAUGACACAAACUCACCUUCACACAAAAGGAACCAAACGCAACAAAUCUCUGGCCAUGUAUUUUUAACGUUCUUCUUGGGCGGGAGUUCCUUCAGGCGCCAAUCACAAAAGGCGGCGUUGAAUCAUUGACAGGCGCACCAAUACCCUCGCGUGCAGGUUAGACUAGUCACUCUUGCUCCUCGAUAAUACAGCACAAAGGUCGAAAGGGAGAGAAGCGCCCUGUAAGCCAAUCAUUUAUACACGAGCAUGGCCAGCUUUUCUACCUUCCCUUACCUUCCGUACAUAGAGUGAAGCAAACAUCAAUGAAAAAUGCAGAUGUACCCCCUCUAAAGCACGGCACGAGAAAGAAAAUGAGUCUCCAUCCCUUGACUUUCUAAAGAGUACACAACACACACUUCGUUUUCUCUCCAUUCUCGGGUAUACUCGUAUAAACAAACAAGACAAACACAACGUGGGUCAGAUCUCACGGACUUGACUCACUCCACGAAUAAAACAUGAAUAAAACACGAGGAAUAAUCAAACAGGUAAAAAAAAAGGCGUAAGGGAAGAACCGAGUGGAGUGUUCCAGGAAGAGAGCGGAGCGGGAAGCCUCGGGACGGUACUCAGAGGAUUCCCGCGUCCCAUUUUCUUUGGAGUGAUGCGUGAGAGGCGAGGCGCAGGUCAAGAGGGAGAGGAGACUGAGAGGGAGAGGAAGUGAGAGAGGGAGAGAGGGAGAGGAAGUAAAGUAUAUUCGCCCUAAAGCCAGUUGUGGGUUUCGCGUUACGUGAUAUACAGCGUUAGAAAGAAUUGUAUUAUCUUCACAAUUCUAAGUCAGUUUUGAGUUUGAUGUACGCGUGGCCAGGCAGUCAUUAAAUCAUGGAUAGCUUUCCUUCCUUACAACUAAAGACGAAGGUAAAUAAAGAAAUACGAAUAAAGCACCACACUGAACACACUGCAAUGAAUCUAACAACUGAAGAAAAAAAAAACACAUACGCAACACACAAAUGCAUAAAGAAAAUGUCAUACCACACCACACACCAAGCAAAAAACAAACAAACAAACAAACAAAAAAUUUCCACAAGACACCAUAAGACUAAUCAAAUUCCCAACACCACUGAACCAUAAAUGUGAACACUGUAUUCUGUAUUCCAACACCUGCACAGACGAUUAACACCUCAACACCUGCACGGGACAUCACCUCUACCUGUCCGAGUGAUUAGCGGCAGGUGAGAGGAGCUGGGCAGGUAACAGACAAGGUGAGGGAGGCCCAUUGAGACAGGUGAGGCUGGCUAUUGAGUCAGACCAGGUGCGCACGACUGACACGAGAAGGGAGAUUCGGGGAAGGUAAUACAAGUGAAUGCAGAUUAAUUAAGCACUGCAAUGAAUGGUAAAAGGUAAAAGCACGUGGCGGGAGGUAGGAAAAGUCCAUCAAAUCAAGUUAAUUAGUAGAGGGAAGUUAAUUAACGUAAGAGACAGGUAAGAAAAGGUAACAAUUCAGUGGCGGAGGUGAGGGAGAAGGUGGCGUUAAAUAGAACCCGGUGAAUUAAGACUGCUUAAUUGUUGAGGUUAAUUGCUAAGAGGGAGCAACGUGCGAGGUGCGAGGUGAAGAUGUGAGGGUGGUGAUGCGCGCAGCAGAGCAAGACAGGGCAGUUCAGGGGAGAUAAGGGACAGGUUAAUUAAAGGUGCGUGUGUCUAAUUGCUCGUGAGGCUCAGUAAUUUACCUGGAGUGUGGGAAUGAGGCUGAGGAGUCCAUAGGUGAGCUGGUCUGCAGGUGAAGAGCGUCUGGCUUCGCUGCAUCCUUGCCUUACCUGGAAUUACGAAGAGGAAAGUUUGAAAAGGACAAGUGAGGUGGACAGGUGAGAUUGAUUGCCUUUUAACUCUCUCUGCGAAUGACUGACACUUUUUAUUCAAUUUCAGUAACUCUUCAAGACUUUACUGUUCCGAAAUAGAACAAAAGGAUCUGAAACUGAGCGAAACUUUUUGUAAUCAGUGUUUCAGAAUUACACUUCCCACAUUUAUUAAGCUGAGCGAGACAAUGCAGUCAGAAAAUCAAGGUUGUUAGUUGUUGAUGGGUUUACUUAUCAAGGGCCACAACCAUGAGGUCAUAAGGCGCCCGGUGAGUUUGAAAGGUAAAGGCACAUAUUAUAAGGUCACGUUAUAUCAUUACACUAGAUGUAUAUAUAGUACAAAGGUGUUUAUCAUGUUACGAAUAUAAAAACGUAUAUCUCUAUCGUAUAAUUUCUAAUAAUGGUCAAAGUUAUGUUUAGUUAGAGUUUGAAUUCAAUUUUAUGGUGUUAUGAAGUUACCAAAGAAAAAAAAAUUGCUAUAUUCACACAAAAGUUCGUCUUCUCAUUUCCCAUUUUCAUAAAGACUGAGAUGCAAAGAACGAAAUACGAGUUUUCAUGUAAUUGAAUAUACACUUUUAUUCUCUCUCUUUUAACGAAACAUCUGCAACACACACACACACACACACACACACACACACACACACACACACACACACACACACACACACACACACACACACACACACACACACACACAGUAUCCAGUGUCUGACAAAUAAUUCACAACCCAAAGGAAAGAAAGAAACAGUUGCGGAAGUAAAAACACAAACAAAACGAGGAGAGACAAAGGAAAUAAGAGAGAGAAAAUAAAAAAACAAAACAAGAACACACGAGAAAUAAAAGAAAACAGGUAAAUAAACCAAAACUAAAGAAAAAAAACACGAAAACAUAAGAGACAUAAGAGAGGGAAUUAUUAAAGAGAGAUAAACAGAAUACACAUGAAGGAGAUCGAAUCGAAAUGGACAGGUAAGGCUAAACAGGUGUAAGAUAUCAGGUUGGGAUUCAUAAACACGGCUUCCCUUCGCCCUCAAAGCAAGAUAUAUACGUAAAAAAAUAACACUGAUUUGUGAGUCUAAGGUUAAAACAAAAGAGUGUGUCACUGUUGUAGAAAUAUUAGUGUUUUGUGUAUAGGUAGGUAGAUUUAUAAUGUAUAGUAAAAUUUUUAUCUGACAACGUGUAUGUUAUGUAUGUAUGAAGGAACACCAGUAGAGGAGAAUAAAUCAUUUCUAUUCCCAAGAGUAUCAAAUAUUAGAGAUGGAACUUAGAUGAUAAUUGAUAAGAACAUUAAUGAUAAAUAUAAACAAACCCCCCCAAAAAAAAAUAAAUACUGGAUAUUA